UCCCCCACAUAAGAGGCAUGGUUCUGGACAAGGACAACUGCAUUGCAAGAGACAACGACGACAGAGUGUGGCCCGCUUACGAGGAGCGCUGGAGCUCUCUCAAGAAAGAAUACCCCGGAAGACUGCUUAUUGUGAGCAACUCGGCAGGCACAAAUGACGACGUGGACGGCCAGGCGCAGCGGCUCGAAAAAAAUACCGGGGUGCCUGUUCUGCGGCACUCCACCAAGAAGCCCGGGUGCUGGCCUGAGAUCGUGGCCUGGUUCGAGCAGCGUGGCGUGGCGCCGCACGAGAUCGCCGUCGUGGGCGACCGUCUAUUCACAGACAUCCUGAUGGCAAACAUGAUGGGCUCGUACGGGGUGUGGGUGCGCGAGGGGGUGCACCUCUCCUCGUCUGUGCUCUGCCGUUUUGAGCGCUUGCUGAAAAAAUAAAUAAAAUAUAUCUGGCUACCAUCAGCUACCAUGGCCUCCCGCAACAAUAUAUCCACGUUUCGGCUGCUUUUGGAGGCACACGGCUGUCCUGCCGAUAUCCGCCCAGCCCGGAUCACCGAGGUGGCCAACUGGGACGCCAUUUUCUCCGAUCCCAAGAUGUUCUCCUCGAUGCUCAUCUACAUAGCCUUCAUGAUGGCACAACUGGGGCUCAGUUACGCCGGGUUCGUGUACUUUGAGGUUGAAAAUAGACCCGCCAUCUACAGUGUGUCGAUGCUGUACAAUAUAUUUGCGUCGUACUUCU